AUGCACACGCACGCACAGAACGGUAUACACGCGGGAAAAGGCGCGCGAUAUGAGCGGAGAACGGCGAAAACACGAAGCGUGCCGAUUGCGCCCGGUGCACUCGCCGAUUCUCCGAUUCUCGCUUGCGCUAUCGACGGAGGAGAGGCGGGGCGCAGGCGCGCCCCCCGCCCGUCGAGGGUGGCUCGGAGCCGGCGGGAAGCGGGAAAGCUCGGGGAAGCCCGAUCGAGGGACGCGGUGGAGCGCUGGAGGACGGUUUCGAAGGUGACCCUCGGUGGUGCGGUUUUAAGUGGAAUUCUACCGUAUUCUAAGGGGGAAGCGGGAUUGGGGGACGUGGUGGAGCGCUGGAAGACGGUUUCGAAGAUGUCCCGUGGUGGUUUGGUUUCUAGUGGAAUCAUAGUCCAACUUAGAAGCGGGAAUGAGAGACGCGGUGGAGCGUUGGAAGACGAUUUCGAAGAUGACUCUUGGGCGAGCCGAUGGCCUACAUGCGAAGGAAACGGGGUGGCUGGAGAAAGCGGAGAAGGAUCCUCCGGGGGUGUAUUUUUACUGCAGCUGGUGGAGGAGAUGGUGCCGGAGAGGGAAUUGUCGAUGGAGAGUCUGUUGGAGGAAAAUGUGAUCGAGAGGAAGCUAUCGAUGAAGAAUCCGUUUGAGAAUUGGCUCGAGAGGAAAUUGUCGAUGAAGAGUCUGUUAGAGAAAAAUGUGAUCGAGAGGAAGCUAUCGAUGAAAAAUCCGUUUGAACUAUUGAUGACGAAUCAAGAAGAACGUGUUCGAGUGGAAAUUGUCGAUGAAGAGUCUAUUAGAGAAGAAUCAAUUGUAAAGAAAAUUGUUGACGAGGAAUGUGCUGACGACGAAAUUGUCGAUGAACAGUCUAUUAGAGAAGAACGUGUUCGAGAGGAAAUUAUCGAUGAAGAGUCUAUUAGAGAAGAAUCAAUUGUAGAGGAAAUUGUUAGCGAGGAAUGUGCUGACGACGAAAUUGUUGAUAAUGAAUUCGUUGAAGAGGAAACUGUUGAUAAAGAAUCCAUGUGA